AUGUGGCCUCUUGUCAACAAUAUUGCACUUGCCCACCAGCACAGGACCGUAUCAUGUCUCGGUCCAGAUGGUUCGCAGCAAGAGGGCAAUGACGCCGAAGCAGCCAGACUUACUGAGGCUCGAAAUCUCAACAUCACAUUGUUCAUUAACCUUAAUAAUGUAGUUGUUGUCCCAUCUACCUCGCCAUACCUAUACACUGGCAGUACUAAGGAAAUGGAUGACUGCAUGGUCUUAGACACGAUGUCAAAAGAGGAUGUUACAUCCAAAGGAAUUUGCAUCGACUCUGAUCUCGAAGGUUCAACUGGUCGCAAGGCCAUUCAUGAAUCUCAUCCUGGACUCUUCAUUCCUUCUGGUAUCAUCGAGAAAAGAUUAGUUAAUUGCUUUGGAGAAAUCGUUCACCAAGCAUCAGAUGCAGUAGAUCAAAUUAGACUUGAAGGAUUUCAUUUUGGUUCUGUCAACAAAUCGACCUUGAAUGUGAUUGAUGAACAAGCCAUGAAUGAACAUAGAUAUCAAAAGUUGACUUGGUAG